AUAUCUGUGUCCAUAUUCUCACUUGUGUUAACUGCUGUUGAAACAUAUCAGCUGAUUGUGAACCCUCGGGGCUGGAAACGCAGUAUAGCUCACGCCUACUGGGGUAUCCCAUUGAUUUGGCUAUCUUCCCUUCUGUUGUCUAUUCCCUUCUUCCUGUCCUAUCACCUCACCCAUGAGCCCUUCCAAAACCUCUCUCUUCCCACUGACCUCUACACCCAGCAGGUGGCCUGUGUAGAGAACUGGCCCUCCAAAAUGAAUGGGCUCCUCUUUACCACCUCCCUGUUUAUGCUGCAAUAUUGUGUCCCUCUGAGCUUCACCCUCAUCUGCUACCUGAAGAUUGUUAUCUGCCUCGGCAGGAGAAAUGGGAAAGUAGACAAGAAGAGGGAAAGUGAGAGCUGGGUCAGGGAGAACAAGAGGAUCAACACGAUGUUGAUUUCUACUGUCGUAACCUUUGGGGUCUACUGGCUUCCCUUGAACAUCUUCAAGGUCAUCUUUGACUGGUAUCAUGAGUUCCUGAUGAGCUGCCACCAUGACCUGGUAUUUGUAUUUUUCCACUUGAUUGCUAUGGUUUCUACAUGUAUACAUCCUCUGUUUUAUGGCUUUCUCAACAAAAAUUUCCAGAAGGACCUGGUAUUGCUUAUUCACCACUGCUGGUGCUUUGCACCUCGGGAAAGAUAUCAAAAUACUGCCAUCUCCAGUAUGCACACAGAUGAACCCAAGGGACCAUUAAGAUUAGCUCAUACAUCAAGAAGUAUAUAA